UUGAUACUCAUUUCGGAAGUCGGCAAUCAAGUGGGGAAUAUUGAUAUUUAGUUGGUUAAUUAUCAACCCAGUUCAUGGUCGAUAAGAAACUGAAAACACCUGAACAGGGAUCAGAUAAGGUGUAAGAAAACACUGACUAACAACUAGAAUUUCAUUAGCAUAAGCAAACAAAUUGUAACCCCAAUCUUGCAUCUGAAAUGAACUGAUAAAUUCAAAACCAGCCCAUUUAGUGCCAUAAAAGUAGAGCCGAUAUCAAAACUGCGGCGCAUUCCACACAAUUCCGCGGACACAAAUAAAUAAAUACCUAUGAAGAGCUAUCAGCUACAACUGAGCGUAGUCCUAUUACUGCGGCUGGCAGUAAUUCGAGCCAACACUCUAAGCGAGAUCGAGUCGCUGUGCCGCAAUGUCUCAACAUGGACUCUUGUGCCGGACAAGCGGCACUGUGAUAGAUUCUAUGUGUGUACGGGUAUAAAAGAUCGGAGCUACCAGGAGUUUAGAUGUCCAGAGGAAUACCAUUUCAACAGCCUGGAGAAACGCUGCGUACGAGGCUCAUGUGCCGCAACUUGCAAAACGAUUGGUGUUCAACGCUUGGAUGGCGAUUGUACGCGCUUCAAGCAUUGUUCCAAUCGUGGUGAGCUCUCAAUUGCAAAGUGCUCGUAUGGCCUCUACUUCGAUGCCAAACGAAAAGCUUGUCUGCCGGUAAACAUAACGCCAGAGCAUCAGUGCAGCUGCAUAAUGCCAGAGCAUUCAACGCUGGCUAAUUCGAACGACUGCCGAAGCUAUUAUCGUUGUGAACAGGGCCAGGCCAUGCUGCAGCAAUGUCCACAUAAUUAUUAUUAUGAUGUCACUAUUAACAGCUGCCUGCUGGAUACGCGAGGCGAAUGCCAGCCAGCCGUUCAGCUUGUCCAACGUCCGUUGCAAGAGUGUCAAAGAGAAGGCAGUCGACUGGUGCCGCACUCUACGGACUGCAGCCGAUACUACGUGUGCAUUGGCAGCCAGGCCAUUGAGUUGAGAUGCCCCCAAGGCCAGUACUUCGAUGUGGUAUCGCGUUACUGCACGGAUGACAAACAUUACCAGUGCUUCGGUGUGACAACUAGCACAACAACUAAGCCAGCAACGCCAAAUACAACACAGAACGUCAACAACAGUAACCAAAUACAUAAAGUGAACAGCAGCAAGCAGGCAGACCAGUUGAAUGAGAACAGGCCCAAGCCUGAGGACAUGACCAACAGCAAGCUGUCAUCAAAAUUUUUGUUAUUGUAAAAUUAUAUUCAUUCCGUCUUAGGGGCUACUUGCCUG